UGAUAUGGAGAGGGAGCUGUUUGCGGCAAGAGCCACUCCUCUUAGUUUCAAUCGUUUACACACAGAGUGGGAGGAGCCCGGUUUCAGUAUCACAGUGACAUCACAGUUUAGAGGCAGUGGUGUUAGGAGUAACCUACUCAAACAUUUUCACAAAGGUAAAACAGAGCCGUAUAAAAGAGGAAGAACACAUUAAAAGUGGGUGUAUAUAACUUUAAUGAAUGAAGAUAAACAAGUGUAUAUGGGGAAGAGAGGGAAAAGGAAAGAAAAGACACCACCUGACACUUUGAUGUAAAAUCUAAAGAAAAAUGUGUAAGAGUUUUAUAAAGGACAGUUUCCUCUGAAGUGAAAGUGGAAGAGAGCCAAAAUAUUGUAGCAGGGUAAAUGUUCUUGAUUACCUUUCGGAGUGACGUCACUUUUCAUGCAGUGCAUCCAGAAAGGCCGCAUUCCACAGCUUCACUCCUCCUCCUCCUCCUCCUCCAUCAAUGAAGUGUGUCUGCAUGUGAGUGUUUGGGUCACAGCCGACCAUCAGCCUGAAAACACAGCAGUGAGAAAGAAGAACCGUCAAUGACACUGAGAGAAGCUUGAACUCACAGGUCGCUGGCCGUUCUGCAGCUGAGCGAUGGAGCUGAAGGUGUGGGUGGAGGGUGUAGCCCGAGUGGUGUGUGGCCUGUCUCUGAACACUUCCUGCCAGGAUGUCGUCAUAGCUCUUGCACAAUCGAUCGGUCAGACCGGUCGGUACGUUCUGAUCCUGAAGUUGAGAGGAACAGAGCGACAGAUGGUUGCAGAUGACUGUCCUCUGCAGCUGCUGGCUCAGCUGGGGCAGCAGGCUGCAGAGGUCAGGUUCGUCCUGCGGAGGACCGGUCCCAGCCUCAGUGAUGGUCGAGACACACCCACCAGACAGGGAGGUCUGCCUCUGCCUGGAUCAGCAGAACCAGAUCCUGUCAGGAGCAGAGAGCCACACAAGGCUUUCACCUUUAAUCUGGGUCCCUCAACAAGUCCCAGGAGGACUAAAUCAAACAGGGCUUGGUCUCCGUCGCCCAGAGCCUCCCCGGAGCCAAGAGCUUCCCCAGUCUCUUUUCUAGACCCCAUCAACCCUGUGCAGGCUCUGCACCCUUCCUCCAAAGACGAUGUUUUCAGGCAGAUUCUGCAGCAACAGAGGAGGCUGCAAGACCUGGAGAUUGAGCUUCAAGCUCUGGAGAGGGAGACAGACAUGUGGGAGCAGGAGAGUUCGUCUGCUGGUCUGAAUCUGGUCUCUGAUGGUGAACUGGAGGAGCUGGAGCAGAGGCUGAGCCUGAACCAGGAAGAGCUGAUGCACAGAGAGCACUGGGAGAGACAGUUACAGAAAGAGAUCGACAGAGAGCGAGAUAUGCACGGACGUCUGAAUCAGAUGCAGCUCUCGAUGGAAGAUCACAGCUUUCAGAUCAGGGAGCUCUACGGCCGCUCUGCAUACCUGGAACAGGACCCGACACUCAGAGCCCACAGACAGAGCGCUCAGACUGGCCCCCGGCAGCCGGAUGAGGCCCUAAGGCCCCUGAAGCAGCAGCUCCACCAACGUCUGCAGCAGGGAGAUGAGAUGGACAUAACAUUGUCAGAAACACAGAAGAAGCUACGAGCUGCAGAGGAUCAGCUACAGGACAAAUGGGAGAUGAUCGAGGAGCUGAAUAAGGAGCUGAGACAGUGUAACCUGCAGCAGUUUAUCCAGCAGACCGGCGGUCCACACACUGACCAGACAAACUCUCUGCAGGUCACCGAAGUUUACCUCAGAAACGCUGGGAUAAUGGAGUAACAGCUGAAAGUCACUGUACGUCAUCAGAGAGUUGAUGUUCAAAGUGAUGAUAAAAAGCUGUAGUGUUUUUACUUAUUUGACUUGAUGCACUUCUCUGUGCGGUGUCUGACAGUUUCAGCCUCUGGCUCAGUGUAGUUGAAGUACCUGUACCUGUUUUUCACUUGAGAUAAUUCUCAUGUUGACUUUUGUGAAUCUGUUGAAUCUUUUUUUUUUAAAGAUUUGUUUUGGGACUUUUUGUGCUUUUAUUGUAAUGAUAGGACAGUGGAUAGUCGGAAAGCACAGGUCGGAUUUGUCCCCGGCUGCUCUCUUCAAGGACUACCGCCUCGGUACAGGGGACGCCCAAAGCAACCACUUGGCCAUUGCCGCUCAGUGUAUCCGUUGAAUCUUGAUGCCUGCUGCAGAUCUAAUUUCCUUCAGAAUUAAAAAUGAAGUUGAAGCUAAGUCGAAGUUGAAGGACAUCAGGACGUGUGUGUGUGUGUGUGUGUGUGUGUGUGUGUGUGUGUGUGUGUGUGUGUGUGUGUGUGUGUGUGUGUGUGUGUGUGUGUGUGUGUACGAUAAGCCAAUCACUGCCUGAUUCUGUCUGAAAAUAAAACUGAAGUGUAACUUAAGGAGUGAAAUGAAAUGUAAAAGAAGGAAUGUUAAUGUUUGAGUCUUUGCUCAUGUUUAUGUCCUACUGAACUUUGUAACAUAAUAUAUUUCUUUUUUAUCAUUUUAAUUAAACAAUAUAUAUUUUAUAAAAGUCUUAGUUUUUUUAAUGAGUUUGGGUUGAUUACUUUUUUCAGUGUAAUCUCACAUGGCGCAGUGUACUGUUUGCUCCACUGGAGGGCGCCAAAGCUUCAUGACUUAACAGCAUUUUCUGCACAAACCAGUUCACCAGACCAACACAUCUAACCAUCAUACAAACACAUUCACACGACCUUUUGUGGAAAAAAUCUGCAUAAAAUAAUGCGACCUGGCACUUAGGAUCAGAAGCAU